AUGGAGGAUGAAGUGAGAAAUGAAGGUGUUAACCUGAAUUACCAUAUACGGCUAAGGACUGUGGGAAGAAGUCUGUUCAUCAAAUGGGGUUCGAGUGAUGUACGAGAAACAGACCUGAAGGAGGAAACACAACUAAUAGUUGAACCCACAAGUAAAAUGUUUUGCUGUGAGGUGUGUGGCAAGGAAAGUGUCUCAAAAGAGUCACGUCAACUUUUCACAUGGGAGCCCACAAAAAGGAAAAGCAAUACAACACGAGAAAAACCAUACAGCUAUGAACUUUACAACAAGUCAAUCUCACAAAGCAUAAGCUGGGAAGAAAACGACAAAUCUAAAGUAGCAAUUCAUAUGAGAAUACAUGCAACAGAGAAGCCAUACAAAUGUGAGAUUUGUAACAAGAACUUUUCGCAUAGAGCUAAUCUAGCGCGGAUCAUAGGAGAUUACACACAGAGGAGAAGCGAUACAGCUGUGAGAUUUGUAUCAAAGUUUUCACAGAAAUAUCAACUAGAAAGUCACAUGAGAGAGUACAUACAAAAGAGAAGCAUUACAUGCUGGAGAUUUGCCAACAAAGAGUUUUUCACAGACCUAUCGUCUAGAACGAGAAACAAUAUAACUGUGGGAUUUGCAAAUGAAGGCCUUCUCGAGAAAGUCAUACUGUUUUAUCCACUUGCACGUAUGCCUGCUGUCACUGGACCAAGCUAUAAGCAAAGUGCAUUAAAUGCCCAUUGUUGCAUGUUGAAGCAAUCCAUUUCAUUUAUACCUCAUACUGUCUAUUACAAGAACCACUAUAAGGUCCAUAUCCAUACAGAACAUUACAAGAGGCAGCAGCAUGGGGAGGGUGGGGUCGGGGCGGGUGUGAACAGGCCCACAAGUGAGAAGCCAUUUAAAUUCAUGUAA